AAUGUUACUUGUUGUCAAUUGAUGUUUUUAAAAUAGGUUGAUAAGGUUAGAUUUCAAAAUUAGUUGCGUAAUUUUUUAAAAAAUACUGUAAAUAUUAAUUUAUUUUACAAUGUCGAAGCAUGUACUUCCGUACAAAUACUUCGAUACGCCCGUGGGUGAAGAUACAUUGAAAAAAUUGUGGUGUAUAACAAAAAUUGCAGCGCCCGUUGCCUUAGGAGUUGCCACUGUUGAUGUAAUGUUGUAUUCUAGUCCCUCAGGAUAUCUUCCUACAUUAGGAAGGUACGCGUAUAUUUGUGGCCCCAUAUUAGGCAUGACAACUGCUUUCGUUUUAACAAAAAAUUAUAGUGCAAGCAUUCGUCAAAAAGACGAUAAAAUUAAUUGGUUUCUGGGAGCCCUUCCUGCUGGUGGAAUUCUAGGGGCUUGGUCCAAAAGUACAACUGUAGGAUUUGGAGCAUGUGCUUUUUUGGGCCUUGUAGCUGUCUUAGCAAAGCAAGCAAUUGAUGAAGACUGGGUGAUUUAUCCAAAAAAUGUUAUGAGAAAUAAGGGUGGUUUAUGGGCAAAUAAUGUGGAUUGGACCCUCACGAAGGAUGUGUCAAGUACUAAAUAAGCUAAAAAAAGAUGUAGUAAGUUGCAAUGUGUAAAUAUACAAUGUAAUAAAUAAUAAGAACCUG